UUUUCAUCUGCCGAAUCGGUGCGCUGCGGCUGCGCUCACAGAAAAAAAACAAAACUCGUGCGCGGCGCUUCAGAAAAGCAGAGAAAAACACACAAAAUAACUUACUUAAAAUAAGAAAAAAAAAAAAACAAAAUAACAAACAGAAUUUCUUAAUUCUACUCCCCGAAGAAAAUACAUUUUUUUUAAGUUACCACUCAAAAACCAUUGGGAAUCUUGGAAUACAUAAGCUUAAAAGCCAAAGAAAAGUGCAUAAAACAAAGUGAACCCAGAAAGUGCUAUCACAAAUAUUAUUUAAAAUAAUAUACAAACAAACUACAAAAAUAUUGAAAACAUAUUCUACAAAAACACCACCCAACCAAAUUGUUUUCAAAGUGCGAAAUCCGGAGUUGGAAUGCCGUCGCAAUUGUUGAACAAAUUUCACAACUAAAUAUUCACUAAGCUCUCAGUUGACCAAACUCUUUUUGGCAAAAUGCUCGCCGCACAGCAACAGCAACAGCAGCAGCAGCAGCAGCACAACAGCAACAACAGCACGGCAGCGGAAUCUGAGAUGGAGCGUCAGCGGCGGGACUCCACCACCUCGGAAUCCUCGCUGGAGCACCUCGAUCUGGGUCGCACGCCCAAGAAACUGGUGGGCAGUGGUGGCCCUGGCUCCACACAGACCACAUCAACGCCCCACGAAUUGGCGAUUGUCACAUCGCGCAAGCGUAAACUCCGUCAAUUGCAGCAUCAGCAUCAGCAAUUGAAUCAUCUGCAGCAGGAUCUGCUAACGGACGAGGAGGAGGAGGAUCACGAGGACGAGCACGAGGAGGAGGAUCAGGAGGAGGUGGUGCCCUCGCGAAGUCUGGGACGGCACAAGCAGCGACGCAGUGGCGCCACCCAGGCCUCCAUUGUGGUGGACUACAGCAGUGGCGAUGCCAGUUCGCUGCGCAAAAAGUUCCGUCUCAAUCGCUCGGCGGGAAGUCUCUCGGAAUCGGGUUUCGUGGAUGCCAGCAGUACGGCCCACAGUAGUGGCUAUUUGGGGAACAGCACUAGCAGUGCUGCCAACACCACUGCCAAUCCCGCUGCCGGGGCGCCCGCAUCUGGGCCAACUGCCUCCAACUCCAACUGCAACUCGACCAGUAGCAACAACAGCAGCAGCAGCAGCAGUAGCAGUGCCGGAUCGGGGGGCUCCUCGCCGCAGGGCCUGUGCCUCUCCAGCGGCGAGAGUGGCAUUGGAGCGGGGGAUGAGCACAUGAAGUACGUCUGCCCCAUCUGCGAGGUGGUCUCGGCCACGCCCCACGAGUUCACCAACCACAUCCGGUGCCACAAUUAUGCCAACGGCGACACCGAGAACUUCACCUGCCGCAUCUGCUCCAAGGUGCUAUCAUCCGCAUCGUCUUUGGACCGACACGUGCUGGUCCACACGGGCGAACGACCCUUCAACUGUCGCUACUGCCACCUGACCUUCACCACCAAUGGCAACAUGCACCGUCACAUGCGCACCCACAAGCAGCAUCAAGUUGCUCAGACGCAUCAGCAGCAGCAGCAACAGUCGCAGCAGCAGCAGCAGCAGCAGCAGCAACAGCGUCGCCAGCAUCAACAGAAUCCCGCCAAGCAGCAGCAGCAGCAGCAGCAGCAACAGCCACUGGGGGCCACUACGUUAUCGGGACGAGCGGAGAGCUACGAGAGUGAUGCCAGCUGCUCCACAGAUGUGUCCAGUGGUCAUAGUCAUACCAGCAGUACCCUCAAUAACAACAACAACAACAACAACAACAACAACUCGCACAAGGCUAACAACAAUCUCAAGGAGGAGCAACAGGAGCAGGAGCAUGAGGCCCAGGAGCCGGAGCAUUUGGAGAAGCGUCGCCCCAGGACCACCAUAAACAACAACAUUAUUGAUAGGGAGGAGAUUGAGGAGGACAGGGAGGAGGAUGAGGAUGACGAUGAGGCGGAUGUGGCCAUGCUGACCAGUACACCGGAUGUGGCCACCCUUUUGGCCGGAGCCAGUGCCUCUGGGGCCGCCUCCAGGACACCCUCGCCCUCGCCCUCCCUCGAGGAUGGACCCAACUCCGGCCUGCUGCUCAGCUGUCCCGCCUGCGGAGCCUCCGACUUCGAGACACUGCCCUCGCUGUGCGCCCACUUGGACCAGCGCCACUCGGACAUUCCGGCCAAGUGCCGCGAUUGCGAGGUGAUCUUUGCCAGCCAUCGCCAGUUGCAGGCUCACCGCUGCAGAGGCAUCUCGGGUGGAUUGCCACCGCUGCUGGGGGCCAGCAGUUCGCCAUUGCAUCGACAGGAGGUGGAUCAGCAGCAGCAGCAGCAGCAUAACCAGCAUGAUGGUGAUGAUGAUGAUGAUGAUGAUGAUGAUGAUGUUGAUGAUGAUGAGGAGCAGCUGGACCGCAAGGAGAGGAUCCGCCACCAAAGCGAGGACUUCUUCCAUCAGCUAUAUCUCAAGCAAAAGGUGGCCAGUGGCUGCACAGCCAUCUCGCAUCCGCCGUCGCCCAUUAAACACGAGCCAGCGGACAGCAAGGAUCUGGCCGACAUCCAGAGCAUCCUGAACAUGACCAGCUCGAGCUCCAGUUUUCUGCGCAACUUCGAGCAGUCGGUGAAUACGCCCAGCUCCAGCCAGUAUAGUCUGGAUGGUCGGGACCAGGAGGAGGAGGCCCAGGAUGCCUUCACCUCGGAGUUCCGCCGCAUGAAGCUGCGCGGCGAAUUCCCCUGCAAACUCUGCUCCGCCGUGUUCCCCAAUCUGCGUGCCCUCAAGGGCCACAAUCGUGUGCACUUGGGUGCAGUGGGUCCGGCGGGUCCCUUUCGCUGCAACAUGUGCCCCUAUGCGGUGUGCGACAAGGCCGCCCUGGUGCGCCACAUGCGCACCCACAACGGCGACCGUCCGUACGAGUGCGCCGUCUGCAACUAUGCCUUCACCACCAAGGCCAACUGUGAGCGCCACCUGAGGAAUCGCCAUGGCAAGACCAGUCGCGAGGAGGUCAAACGGGCCAUCGUCUAUCAUCCGGCCGAGGAUGCCAAUGGCUGUGACGAGGGCGCCAAGUCGCUGCGCUGCGGCGAUGACCUGGCCGACCUGAGUUUCCGUUCGAUAAGUCCCACGCCGCCACCAAAUCCGGCUGGCCUAACUAUCACCACCGCAGCUCCAUCGAUCCCCGAGCGACCCAGUCCCAGUUCCAGUUCCAGUUGCCAGCUGAAGCACAUGCUAAUGGGUGACAGCAGCCAUUUGGUGGCUGCGCCUGUGCUGAGCCAACAGCAGCCGCCCUCGAAGAUUCAGGUCAAGAGUCUGGACCAGCUGGUGGACAAGAAGUUGCCGGCCGUUUUGACCGAGGAGAAGGGUCUGGACUUUAGCAUGGAUGUGCUGGAUUUGAGCAAGAAACCGGAGCCACUGGUCACGUCGCCGCCGCCGCUGCCAUUGGCCAUGUCCACCGUGGUGGCUGCGCCACCAGUGGCGCCGUUGGCUGCCGUGACAACCGGAACUGCCGAUCUGAGCGCCGCCCUGGAGCAGCAGCAAUUGCUGUUGGCCCAGCAGCAACUAUUCGGCGCUGGCGGAGAUGCCGCCUCCCAGUACAUGCAGCAAUUGUUCCGCAGCUUAAUGUUCCAGUCGCAGUCGCCGGGUUUCCCCUUCUUCCCCUUCAUGGCGCCACCUCCACCGCCACAGCAGCUGCAGCAGCAGCAGCAGCAGCAGCAGCAGCAGCAGCAGUCGAACUGCCAUACGGAGAAGCCGUCGCUGGUGAGUCCACCACAUCAACGAAUCAAUCCCAUGGCCGUGGGCGUACCAGUCCCACCCGGUGGCCCCGUCAAAAUGGUCAUCAAGAAUGGCGUGCUGAUGCCCAAGCAGAAGCAGCGACGCUAUCGCACCGAGCGACCCUUUGCCUGCGAACACUGCUCGGCCAGGUUCACGCUGCGCUCCAACAUGGAGCGCCAUGUGAAGCAGCAGCAUCCGCAGUUCUAUGCCCAGAGGCAGCGCAGUGGCCACCAUGUGAUGAGGGGCAGGGGGGCAUCCAGUGCCGCCGCUGCCGCCGCCGCUGCAGCUGCUGCUGCCGCCGCCGCCGCCGCUGCUGUGAUGGGUUCCUCCGGCUCUGGAGGAGCCAGCAGCACCGCCAGCAAUCACCAUCAUCAUGGCCAUAGUCCCAUUUCGGAGCAGGUCAAGUACGCCAUACUGGCGCAGCAGCUCAAGAACACCGGUCUGCUCCAGCAGGCCCUCUCCCAUGGCUCCAGCAGUGUGGCAGGGAAUCCCCUCCUGCACUUUGCCAAUCCGCUGGCCAAUCGCAGUCCCCAGACGCCCAGCCAAACCAUUGCCAUGGAUGAUGACGAGCCCAAGCUGGUCAUCGAUGAGGAUGAGAAUGGAAAUGAGCAUGAGAAUGAGCACGAGCACGAGCACGAGCACGAGACGGUCGAGGAAGUGGAUGACUUCGAGGAGGAGGAGGACGACGACGAGGAGGAGGAUCUGGAGCUGGAGGAGGAGAUGAACCAGGAGCAAGAGGAGCAGGAUCAGGCGGUUGAGGAGCACGAAGAGGAGGAGCAGGUGACGGCGGCUGAGAAGAAACUGGAGCUGAAGCUGAAGCUGGAGCUGGAGCAGCCAGCCCAUGAGGCACCAGUGCCCAGUGCCCCGGCCAAUCCUGGCCAGAAAACCGACAGCAGCAGCAGCAUCAUGCAGGAGCCACCGGCCGGUAAUGCCAGCAGCCUGAAGACCAUGAUUGCCCAGGCCGAGUCCGUGGGCAAAUCCCUGAAAGAAGUGGCCAGUUCGCCGUUCAAGGAUGAGUCACAAGACCUGGUGCCGGUGGCCAAGCUGGUGGACAAUGCCACCAGCCAGAACAUGAGCUUCAACAGCUACUUCCGGCCGAGCGAUGUGGCCAACCACAUGGAGCAGAGCGACGAGGAGGGCCUGGUCGCCUCCGGCAGUGCCAGCGAGAGCAACAACAGCGGCACCGAGGACGUGACCAGCAGCAGCUCCGGCUCGGAACCGAAGAAGAAGUCCGCCUAUAGCCUGGCCCCCAAUCGGGUGUCCUGCCCCUACUGCCAGCGCAUGUUCCCCUGGAGCAGCUCCCUGCGGCGCCACAUCCUCACCCACACCGGGCAGAAGCCCUUCAAGUGCUCCCACUGCCCCCUGCUCUUCACCACCAAGAGCAACUGCGACCGGCAUCUGCUGCGCAAGCAUGGCAACGUCGAGUCCGCCAUGUCCGUCUAUGUGCCCACCGAGGAUGUUAGCGAGCCCAUACCGGUGCCCAAGUCGGUAGAGGAGAUCGAGCUGGAGGAGCAGCGUCGUCGCCAGGAGAAGGAGCGCGAAAGGGAACUGGAGCUGGAGCUGGAACGUGAGCGGGAGCGCGAGCGGGCGAGGGAACUGGAGCUGGAGCAAGAGCUGGAGCGGAAGAGGAAGCGGGAGCAGGAGCGUGAAUUGGAGCUGGAGCGGGCAAGGGAGCUGGAGCAGCAACUGGAGAAGGAGAAGGAGCGAGAGAGGGAGCGGGAGCGGGAACAGCAACAGCAGCUCAUCCAGAAGCUGGCGGCCCAAAUGAAUGCCGCUGCCGUGGUGGCCAGUGGAGCCAGCGAUGCCCUGGCUGGCGGGGAUCUGCCCUACAAGUGUCACCUCUGCGAGGGCUCCUUUGCGGAGCGACUGCAGUGCCUGGAGCACAUCAAGCUGGCCCAUGCCCAUGAGUUUGCCUUGCUCCUGGCCAAGGGCGCCAUCGAGAACGAGAGCCUGGAGGCGUCGGGUCAGCCCAACCAGUCUGCCCAUCCCGCCCACUCCGCUCAUCCCGCCCAGCUGUCCGAUGAUGAGUUGGCCUCCAAUGGCGGCGGCAGCCGGGGCAAAUAUCCCGACUACAGCAACCGGAAGGUGGUGUGCGCCUUUUGCGUGCGUCGCUUUUGGUCCACGGAGGACCUGCGUCGCCACAUGCGCACGCAUUCGGGCGAACGGCCCUUCCAGUGCGACAUCUGCCUACGCAAAUUUACGCUAAAGCACAGCAUGCUGCGCCACAUGAAGAAGCACAGUGGUCGUGCCCACAAUGGCGACAAUCCCGGCCUGUCCGAUUGCUCCGAUGACGAGCAGGUGGCCAGUCCGCCCAGCACCCCUGCUCCGGUGCAGUCCAGUGCCCAGUCCAACAACAACCAGAAUAGCUGUCACAACAACAAUAGCAACAACAACAACAACAGCAACAGCAACAACAACAGCAACAACAACAACAACAGCAGCAAUGGUGGCUCAAAAUUGGGAUUGAAGUUGCCCAAACUGCAUGAGCUGCUCGAUAAGGCAAGUGAGUGGCGGGCCAGUCGUUUGGGCGAGCACAAGGAGAAUAUGGGCGAGGCGACGCCCUCGCAGGUAGGCGGAGUGGGCGUGGCUGGGUCAGAUCUAAUUGGCAAUCUGCUUGGCAUCAGCGACCAGGGCAUCCUUAACAAACUGCUCUCCUCCGCCGACGAGGCCGCCAAAUUGCUGGGCGUGGACAACAAGUGAAGUGACCACGAUGAGCCAUAAAUUCUGGAGUACCGCCUUACCAAACAUACCAAAGCUUAAAUAGUUUUCAUUAAUGGUAGUCUACUUUAAAAGGAAAAACAAAAAACAAAAAACCUAAAACUAUAACAAAAACUAAAACAAAAACUUAACAAAAAAAAAAAAAAGGGUUAACAAGCUAGCUGCUCAUUUAUAUUUUCUGUAGAUGGAAAAAGCCACAGGCUUUUAUUUCAUAGAAAAUUGAAAACAAUAGAGAGCUUUAUGCCAUCCAUAUAAUUUUUUUUUUUUUUUUUAUAGACCCCUUUUUUUUUGCCAACUCCUAUUUUAAGAGGUUCAACCAAACAAAAAGCAACAAACAAGCUAAUCAAAAUCUUUGCAGACAAGCACUAUUUUUUUUUUUUAUAUAAAUAUUUUUUUCCUAGCUAUAUAUAAUUUAAUUUUACAUAUUUUACAAUUAGCCUUAAGUAGCGGCAAUGACAACAAAACAACGAACAUUUUAGCAUGACAAAAAAAAAAAAAAGACUUGACACAAAACCGACAAAUAUACAUGAACACACACAACUUAAGUAAAUAAAUAAUAAUAUAUAAUAUAAAUUUAAUGAUAAAAAUGUAAUGUACAUUGAAAGAGGCCUUGAGAAACCGCAGCGUGGCUUAAAAACGUAGUAAUUUAAGGUGGCAAAUGCAGACGAAAUCGUUUAGUCAUGUAGUAUUUGUAAGCCUAGGCUUAGACACACUUUUUUUUUUAAGGAUCCUAUUUAACGAAACUCAUUUAUUGCUGUAGCCUAUAAACCAAACACACACACACACAUAAAACAUAUUAAAUAUAUAUACAUAACUAUUUAAAUAUACGAAAAGCAUGAUUCUUAUAUAAUUAAAUUAGUGGACUUCUUACAGCAAUAACCAAAGCAUUUCGCGUUGUAGCGUUGUUUAAGCUAAACAAAAAUAAACGAAAUUAAAUUUACCCAAUGCAUGCCUAUAUAUAUAUAUAUAUAUAUAUAUAUAUUUAAAUAUAUAUAUAUGAAGCACACAACUACAUUAUAUCAAAUAUAUCGGUUAUAUUUAAUGUGGAUGGAUGCAGCAGCAACAAACUACUGAACAAAUUAAACUAUGUACUUAGCGAUUAUAAAUGUACUUAAAACUGUAAAAGUGUACUUAAUUGUAAACUCUGAAAGACACAUGCAUCGAGAAUGGAUUACAAAUUGAAUUCAAAUAAAAUAAUGACAAAAGAACAAAUAA